UUAGUAUUUUCUUCGUGUCAGAAUUGAACCGAGACAUGUUUAAUAUCCGAGGGGUUGUUAGAAAACAAGGCACGGACAGAGACCUUCGUCAUGUCAGCGCUCGAGAGACCAGCGGCGGAGCUCACCGUCAUGGACGUCUACGACAUAGCGGCGGUUCUCGGGCAGGAAUUUGAGCGGGUCAUAGAUAAGUUUGGGUGCGAGUGUCUGAUCGGGGUGGUUCCCCGGGUGGUGAGGGUGUUAGAGCUGCUGGAAGCGUUGGUGAACCGCGGAACUCCCGGGCAGGAAACGGAGGAACUGCGAAGGGAGGUGGACAGGUUGCAGCGAGAGCGCAGCGACAGAUACGAGCAGGAGAGGAGGCACCAGAAGGAGAUUGAGCAAGUGGAAGAUGUAUGGAGGGGAGAAGUACAGGACCUGCUUUCUCAAAUCACUCAGCUUCAGGCUGAAAACAAGAGGUUGUCGGUGAGCCUGUCUCUCAAAGAGUCCCCCAUCUGUGAGCAAGACCAACAGGAUCAAGAGGCUGGAAGUUCAGAGAUGGAAAGUCAAAUGAGAAAGAAACUACAAGAUUUAGUGGAUAAACAGAGAGAUGAAAUCCGGGCUAAAGACCAUCAGCUGUCUCAAAGAAAUGAGGAUAUUGAAGCGCUUCAGAUGCAGCAACACCGGCUGAUGAACAUGAACCAGGAUCUCCUUCAUAAGGUGGGAGUGAUGGAAGCCAAAGGCAAGACGCUGAUUCAGCGAAAGACUGAGCUGGAGGCUGCUGCUCAGGCACAGCAGAAGGAGCGCGGAGCUCUGCAGAUGGAGAUCACAAAGCUGAGAAAGGAGCUCCAAGAGCGAGAAUCCCAAAGAAAACUCACUGAGUUGGAGGAAUUCCCUCUCUCGAGGUCUGGGAUGUUGUCACCACCACUACCACUGACUAAAACCAGCACUAUGCCACUCUCUGACUCUGACAUAAAGUCACAGUCAGUGUUGGUGGAGUGCAGUGGGGAUCCGAUCUUCAUUGAAAAGUGCUUGGAGUAUGACAGGAGUUUUUCUCUUCAGCCAAAGUCAGCAAACAGAGGGGAUGACAUGGGCCCUUUUGUUGCUGUGGAUGACCUGCCACCACAGUUGCUGAGAUCUAAUGAUGCAAAACCCAUGGAAGACUUUGAACCUCAGUUCACCUUGCAGGAACUGCAGGAUGUCCUGCAAGAGAGGAAUGAACUUAAAGUACAAGUUUUUACGCUUCAGGAAGAGCUGGCAUAUUAUAAAAGUGAAGAGGCUGAAGAGGACUACAGUUCUGCUGUUGCUACUCUAUCUGCUCCAUCUCAGUCAACUUCACCUGAUCCACCUGAAUCAGGAAUACGCCGUUUGAUCUUCACAGCUAUUAUGCCAAUGGUAGCAGCCGGAUUGAUCUCAGAUGAUCCCACGUUGAUGCCCAUCAGGAGACUUGUUUCCUUUGUAUAAUUAAAGGUUUAUUUUCUAUUUUUCCAGAAAUAUUCAAUCAUUAAAAAGUGGCCUAUUCAUAUUUUUGAAUUGCCUUGAAUGUAAGGAUCGACCUACAAGACUUACAUUUUUUUAACUUUAAUAUUUGUUUUUGUUUGUGACGUAUUGAAAAAAGGUUUACCAAAUAUAUUUUGCUUAAAAAUGCUUUAAAUAGUUAAAAAAAAGUGUAAUUAACUGGAAUAAUGCCUUAGUUUGUCAGAGAUGUAUAAAACUGCUAUAAGGUAUUCAAAUUGGGUAUAUGUUUUCAUUUGUUUGUUUUUAAAAUAAACUAAUUGAUUAACAUGGAUUUUCUUCUUAUUAGAAGAUAUUAAACCAAUAAUCUGAAAAGGUUUUUUAAAGAUUCUUCAGA